AUGCUGGAAAGAGUCGUCCGGUUCUCCGAAGAAGAGGAUUCCGCACUUGCAAAGGCCGUAAAGGAAGCGACUACCGUCAUCGAAGAGACUCUCGAGAUGGACGGUGAGGAACAUACCGCUAUCAGCUUCAACGGUGGCAAAGACUGCACGGUACUUCUCCAUCUCCUGGCAGUCUGCUUAUGGCAUCGGAAGCAGCGACGACGAAGACAAGAUGCAGCCCAGCCCGACAAGGACCGGGAACCCCCCUCCAACGAACUCUCACCGGCGCCCACGUCUCAUUUCAGGGCUCUCUACGUAACCUGUAGUGCACCAUUUUCGGAGGUGGACGCGUUUGUGGACGCUUGUGCGUACUCGUACAACUUGGAUCUUGUAUGCACAACGCCUGGGGGACUUCCGAUGAAGGAAGCUCUGUUUCAGUACAAGGCCAAAGAACCGGAUGUGACGAGCAUCCUAGUGGGAACCCGACGAGACGAUCCGCAUGGAGAAUCGCUGAGUUUCCGAACGCCCACGGACGAGGGCUGGCCAUCCUAUCAGCGAGUGCAUCCUAUCAUCAACUGGACGUAUCAACAGAUAUGGGAGUACCUCAGAAUGUUUCAAGUACCUUAUUGCGAUCUAUAUAACCAAGGAACGGUUCCAAUGACACACCAUCCUGUCGCCACUAGCUACACGUCGCUUGGCUCUACCUUUAAUACGUAUCCAAACCCAGCUCUGAGAGAGGCGAAUGGGCACUAUCUACCUGCGUAUGAACUCAAAGAUGGGUCGAAAGAACGGCAUGGGCGAACUCGGACAGGGCCGAUCACUCCCGCUUUAUAG